AUGCUUAACGUUGACGGAUUGGGAGUCGAUGGUCUAGACGUAGGUGCGGGUCAGCCAGCGACCGGAAAUGGAGCGGCUGGUCUCCUUCGCGGAAACAGUCCUGCAGGAGAGGGAACGACGACUCAGUCGCAGAGCGAAUCCAGUAGCGGAAAAUUGGCAAGCGGGGAUACAGGAUCCGGUGGUGGUGUGGGAGCCGGCCAAGAGUACACAAUGGAAGCCCUUCCCACAGCAAGACAAGUGGAAGGCGCCGCUGUGUGCCACGAAGAACAGUCUUUCUGGGUGAACUCGCGCCUGCGCACGGUGGCGUGCAACGCAUCGCAGCCGUUGAUCACGAAUGCGCCUGACAUGCUCAACAACAUCUUCGUGCCGCUCUACGCCUGCCCCUUCCAGGAACGCCUUGGGCCCUGGGGCGAAGGCGGCAAGUGGGUGUGCAUGGCCCCAGCUGCCUUUCAGUCAGCGCCAGUUGUUUACAGCAUUCACUCCAACGCAGCGUACGGCUUUGAGCUGGCGGCGUCCAUAGCGCUGCACACGCGGCCACAUGUGUUCAGCUCGUCGCUGUCGGCGGAGCAGCAGGUGGCAGUGAGGGCGGUGGCGCACGUGGAGUUCCACGAGGCGGGGCUGGCGCUGGCCAAGGACGCCAAGCCCACGGACGUCUCGCUGCCCGACCUGCUGGCGGCGGCCAAGCACACCUACGUGGACGUGCUCUACCUCGCAGCGGACUGCCCCGAAUGUGAGGUUGCCUUCAUCCGCCAACUCAACGCCUCCUACGGCUCCAACCCCGCCUCCGGCCUCUCCCGCUCAGGAGGCCUGCUGCCCUUCGGCCAGAUCAUGAUGCUGCUGGCAAAUGUCCAACAAGUGCGGCAGAUGCUAGAGGUGGAGUACACGUUGGAGAAUCUGGGGUACCGGUUGUUCCACGUGGAGACCAAGCCCAACGGCCACCUGGAGGUGGCCUACAUCCACGCCUCCCUUGUGCAGCCGCCCCAACCCGCUGACUGCCCCGUCGACACUGCAGGCCUGAAGUACCCCGACCACCAGCAGAUUGACGAUGCUGCUGUGUGCCAAGCAGAAUCUUCUUUCCAGGUGAACAUGGCGCUGCGGCGGGCGGCACUGGGGGCGGAGCAGCCGCUGACGCUGUCGCUGGCGGAGAUGAAGGAGCUCAUCUACGUGCCGCUCUACCCCUGCCCCUACGAGGAACGCAUCGGCGAGUGGGGAGACGGCGGCAAGUGGGUGUGCAUGCUCGCGUCUGCACUGCAAAAGCAGCCAAUCGUCUACAGUGUGGGGAGCAACGAGCAGUUUGCGUUUGAACAGGGCAUGGCGGAGUCGGUGCGCACCAAGGCGUUCACGUUUGACCCGUUCAUCACGGCGACGCAGCAGGCGCACAUGCGCUCGCUGCCCUUCCUGCACUUCCACGCCAUCGGCGUGGCGGGCGAGGAGUCGCUGGCGUACUACCACAAGCAGAACCCCGACUACGACUUCAAGACGCUCGCACAGCUCAUGCUCUUCCUCAACCACAGCUAUGUCGACGUGCUCAAGAUCGACUGCGAGGGCUGCGAGGUCGCCUUUGUGCGCGACAUCGCCCGCGCCUACGGCUCCGAACCCGCCACCCUCGCCAGCAAGGGCGGCGUGCUGCCCUUCGGCCAAGUGCUCAUGGAACUGCACCAGAUCACGAACACCAAGGCGAUGCUGGCGCUGCUGUACACGUUUGAGAGUCUGGGGUACCGUCUGUUCCACGUGGAGACGAACCCGCUGUGCCUCAUCUGCAUCGAGGUGGCCUACAUCCACGAUUCCCUCCUCCAGCCCGCCAACCCCCAGGCCUGCCCCAAAGCCCCCCUCAACGACCCCGCCACCCUCACCAAAAUCUCAGCCACUGGUGGUGGAGGUGGUUCUGCUGCUGUUGCUGAUGUCUCAGCCAAUGUCGACUUGCCGGCUGCUGGUGAAGCAAUCCGUGGCCUCCACGAGCGCCACGUGUCAGCACGAUAUCUCGCUCCUCGGAAUCGCGGCAGCAUGGUGAAAGUGACCAUGAUAGCGCGAGCCACGGACGGCCUGCCUCUGGCGGAGGGGCUGGACGACGGGCGGGAACAGCGGGAGGUGGAGGUGUACAAGCAGCAGGCCAAGUCGCUCUUCAAGCGCCUGUCGCAGGGCCUACCGCAGGCGUCGCGCAUGUCCAUCGAGACUGGCCCUUACUUCUUCCACUACAUAGUGGAGGGCGGCGUGUGCUAUCUGACGCUGUGCGAGCGGUCGUAUCCGAAGAAGCUGGCGUUCCAGUACCUGGAGGAGCUGCAGCGCGAGUUCGAAAAGGUCAACCGCUCGCAGAUCGAGACCGUCGCGCGCCCCUACUACUUCAUCAAGUUCGACACGUUUAUUCAGAAGACGCGCAAGCAGUACCUGGACACGCACACGCAGCGCAACAUCGACCGGCUGAACGAUGAUCUCAUAGAGGUGCAGCAGAUCAUGACUCGCAACAUCCAAGACGUGCUCGGCACCGGGGAGAAACUCGACCAUCUGACGCAAGUGUCCAGCCGGCUAUCUACAGAGUCCAGCGCAUACGCCAAGAAGGCCAAGCAACUCAGCCAACAGGCUCUUUUGAGAAAAUGGGCGCCCAUUGCCAUCUUAGUGCUCGUGGUCGUCAUGGUCUUCUAUGCCCGCCGCCUCUUCUACUCGUGA